AUGGAAACGAUAGAACAUACUCUUUUGAACUGCAGGGAAGCUAAACUGAUUUGGAAGUUAGCCCCUGUCCAAUGGGAAGGAAUGAUGGAGCAACAUGGGAGUUUUAGAAAUUGGUGGACAUCAAUCUCAGAAGCCAGGAACAGACCGGAAGGAUGGCAACACAUUUCUUUGUCUGUACAUAUUCUAUGGCAAAUAUGGAAAGCUAGGAAUGAGCUGGAAUUUAAUGGUAAGAAAAAGGAGCCUUGGAAGACUAUUCAAAAGGCGCACCAGGAAUGGUUAGAGAUGGUGGAACUAGAUAUAAAAGAAACUAGGAAGAGCACAGAGGAAACAUCAGUUCUUCAUCAACAAAUACCACAGUUAGACUCAGAACAUGGGACAGUGGAAGUGAGGAUUGGAGUAACUUCAGAUAUGGCCAAUCAUGGCCUAGGCAUUGGAAUAAGUCUGAGACAAUGUGAUCAAGGAUUCCACCGAGGUUGGGCGAUACGGGCUAGAAGUUCAGGAUCAAACCUGGUGGAUGAAACAAUUGCACUUAAAUUGGCAAUGUGUAAGGCUGCCGCAGAGCUACUAACGGAAGUGUUAUUCCAAGUGCAAAGUCCUCAACUCCUCAACUAUAUCUGCACAAACAGAGUGAGUGACAUUCGACUAGCUACUGUGGUUGAUGACAUUAUUCAACUAAGAGAUUUGUUUCAUAUGUGCUCCUUUUGCCUAGUUAGAAAUGAUAAGACUCAACUAAGCUCCAAGCUUAGCAUUCAUGCCUUAGGCAUUAUUUUGGAUGAGGAACUUUGGUUUCCUUAG